CAACCUCUGUUCGCACCACGUCGUCGUGCCGGUCGCUUAAGUCGUGUGCAAAGCCGGUGUCUCUCUCCGUCCCUUGGACUUCCCCCCUCUCCUGUGCUGCUGUUGAAAGAGAGACGGGGAGGAUAAACGAAGCCAAAGCAAAUCAAAAGAGUUUGAAUCUUCAUUCCUCUACUCCUCAACCCACUUUGCCGCCUUUCUUUCUCUCUCUCUCUCUCUCUCGUACUUCAGAAUGCGAUCGAGUCUCGAAAGUUUCGGAUGAGGAGGAGAAGAAGACCAUGACGACGACGACGACGAAGAAGGAGUGAGUAAUCUUUUGGGUUGAGCGACGAGUGGUUCCCAAAUGGAGCAGUAUGAGGUCUUGGAGCAGAUAGGGAAGGGAGCAUUCGGGUCGGCUCUGCUGGUGAGGCACAGGCUUGAGAAUAAGAGGUAUGUGUUGAAGAAGAUCCGUUUGGCUCGCCAGACCGAUAGGUGCCGUCGAUCUGCUCACCAGGAAAUGGAGCUCAUUUCCAAAGUAAGAAACCCAUUUAUUGUGGAGUAUAGAGAUUCUUGGGUUGAAAAAGGUUGCUAUGUAUGCAUUGUAAUAGGUUAUUGUGAGGGAGGUGACAUGGCUGAAGCCAUAAAGAAAGCCAAUGGACAUCUUUUUCCUGAGGAGAAGCUGUGUAAGUGGCUCGUCCAGCUCCUUAUGGCACUUGAUUACUUGCAUAAGAGUCAUAUCCUUCACCGUGAUGUAAAGUGUUCAAAUAUAUUUCUUACAAAAGACCAAAAUAUACGGCUUGGUGACUUUGGGCUUGCUAAAAUUUUAACCUCAGAUAAUUUGGCUUGUUCAGUUGUUGGAACUCCUAGUUAUAUGUGCCCAGAACUUCUUGCUGAUAUACCUUAUGGCUCUAAGUCUGAUAUCUGGUCUCUAGGCUGUUGUAUCUACGAGAUGACUGCUCUGAAGCCUGCAUUUAAUGCUUUUGAUAUGCAGGCUUUGAUAAACAAAAUCAACAAGUCCAUAGUGGCUCCUCUACCAAGUUCAUACUCCGGUGCAUUUAGGGGACUCAUUAGAAGCAUGCUGAGAAAAAGCCCUGAACAUAGGCCAAGUGCUGCAGAACUGCUCAAACAUACACAUCUUCAACCUUAUGUGUUUGAAGUCAAUCUAAAGUCUAGCCCUACAAGGAAUAUGCUCCCUAUUCACCUUUCUACGAGCAACAUAAGGAGAAUUAGAUUUCAAGAUGAUGAAGAUGACUCUAUGUAUGAUGACAAGGAGAAAAGAAAAUCUUUAGGCAAUGAGAGGAUCCUAAAACUGAGCAAACAUUUGGAGCAAGGCUCGAUAUAUUCGACUCAGACUAUUAAGGAUUUUCCAAACUAUCUGGACCAAGGGAUAAAGGAUCUUUCAAUUGGCAUUAGUCAAUUUGGGGAGAUUAGUGACAAAAGAAUCAGUGAGAAGCACUCAGGUACUCUGAAGACCCCAAUGUACAAGCCUGCUAAAACCUUCAUGACUCCUAGGAUGCUAGUGGAGCCCUCAGAAUCAUUGCACACUGGACCAAGGCAUCAAUCACUUGCAUUUCUAUCUCCAUCAGAUGGAAUUGGCAAACCUUCUCGAAGAGCUUCUCUUCCUUUAGCUACAUUCGAGUCUCAUCCUACAUGCAAUCUCAGCAUUCUCCGCCGGGCAGAAUCCCCCGAUGUCUCAGUCAACUCCCCUCGAAUAGAUAGAAUUGCAGAAUUCCCAUUAGCUUCAUCAUCUGAAGAUCCUUUUUUAUCGAUUCGGAAACUCUCCUCAGCUCACGGCUCCUCUUCAGCCACCCCACACCAUGCAGACCACUCAAUCACCAAGGACAAGUGCACUUUCCAGACUUUCCGAACUGAAGGUGACAAUGGGAGCGAUUCUUCAGACAGGAAUCCAACAGCUGCAGAUGCUUCUAGUCGGGGAUCAUCAGACGCAAGGCAGAGGAGGUUCGACACCUCGUCGUACCAGCAGCGGGCAGAGGCCCUGGAGGGGUUGCUUGAAUUCAGUGCUCAGUUGUUGCAGCAGGAGAGGCUUGAGGAGUUGGGGGUGUUACUGAAGCCAUUUGGUCCUGGUAAAGUCUCCCCAAGGGAGACAGCUAUAUGGCUGGCCAAGAGCUUCAAGGAGACAAUAUUGUGACUCAGUGACUUACUGCCUGCUGCAUAAAGACCCAACUGAAGGAGCUCAUAUACCUUAUCGGCACUAGCUCGCGGAGAUCAUUGCAUCAACUUUGUAAUGUGACGUAGCUUGAUAGGAUGACAAUUUAACUUGAGAUUAGCUGCUGAUACUCUUUCAAACAAAGCAUGUACUGUACUGAUGUCAAUGUUAUUUCAGCUUUUAUAUCAUGCUCUUCUGUU